CUGAACUGUUUUAAAAAAAUUCCUACAUUUUAUAUCAAAUACUCCGUAAUUAAAAGAAACUAUGUAAAUUGUUUUGCUCUACCCUUUUCCGAAGUAAACACUUGCUAGGAAUGGGAAUCGCGGCCAGUGAGCAACAGAAAGGGCAGGGAAUCACCGAAUCGGCUACAUCGUUUCUUCUCAUUUCUCAUUUCUCAAUUUCUCAAAGCUCCUCAUCUGCUCUCCUACAGUGCUUUCUUCAAGUUCUCCCUUCCCAAUCGUUGGGGACAUCGAGUUCGAGUUCACCAAUCGUCGAUAGAAAAACAUAUUCACUAAGAAUCGCGCCUCUCGCCCUCUCAGCUCACCUGUCUUCAGCUUCCCUAUUCAGGGAGACAGGCUGUUCGAUCAGGCUGUCGUUUACACUUCCUCGGUUGGAUUUCCUUCCUCCAUGGCAGGUAAUCUCUUCUUUUUCCUUCUAUGUAUACAAGUGUGUGAGUUUUUUUUUUCAAUUCUGGUUAAUAAUUUCUUCAAGCCUUCAAGGUUCCUUUUUCGGCAUUCUUGCUCAGUAUCUAAUGCAUAGGUAGAAAUGUGUGUGGGAUCUUGUUCUCUUACAUGCUUUUUAUGAACUUUUGCUGAAUCCUUUACCAUUCAUGAUGACCUAUGGCAGAAAAUGAAGCAUCAAUUUUGGUAAAAGACCAUGCUUCAAGCGAACUGAACUCGCUUACGAAACUCAAACGCUUGCACUUCUGGCUUCUGCUAUCCCUGAAUGUGGUGUUCCUCCUUGUUGGUCAGGCUGCUGCCAUCAUUCUUGGAAGAAUAUACUAUGGCAAAGGCGGGAACAGUACAUGGUUGGCCACAAUUAUUCAGACAGCUGGGUUUCCUGUGCUUUUAAUCCCUUAUUUUCUUAUUCCAUCUCCCAAACCACACUCGACUGAUUCAUCAAACCACCCCUCACCUCAACCAUCUGCCAUGAAGGUUGUUAUGGCCUACCUCUUGCUUGGGGCCCUUAUUGCUGGGGACAACAUGCUAUAUUCCAUUUCACUUUUGUACUUAUCGGCCUCGACUUAUUCCCUUAUUUGUGCAACACAACUAGUCUUCAAUGCCAUUUUUUCUUUUUUCAUCAAUGGCCAAAAAUUCACAAUGUUUAUCUUUAACUCUGUGGUUGUCCUUUCGUUAGCUGCCUGUAUGCUUGCCAUUGAUGGGGACUCCGAUGAACCUUCGGGAGUAACUAGGUGGAAAUAUAUAUUUGGAAUUAUUGCUGCUAUCAUAGCCUCUGCAUUGUACUCCCUCACACUGUCCUUGAUGCAGCUUUCAUUUCAGAAAGUCAUAAAGAAAGAAACUUUCUCUGUGGUUCUUGAAAUGCAAAUAUUUACAUCACUGGUAGCCACAGCAGUCUCCAUCGCCGGGCUGUUUGUGAGUGGCGAUUGGAGAACUUUGUCUGGAGAAAUGCACAGGUUCACUUCAGGAAAAGCUGCAUAUGUGCAGGUCUUGGUGUGGACAGGUGUGGGGUGGCAGAUAUGUGCGGUUGGUGUUGUGGGUCUGAUUUUUGUGGUGUCCUCACUCUUCUCCAAUGUUAUCAGUACUCUUUCUCUAGCUGUCACUCCUGCUGCUUCGGUGAUCAUCCUGCACGAUAAGAUGAGCGGUAUAAAGAUCAUUGCCUUACUCAUGUCAAUGUGGGGUUUCACAACUUACAUAUAUCAGAAUUACCUUGACAGUCUGAAGGAAAGGAAAUCACACGUUGGUUCAAGUAAUAAUAAUGUUCCAAAUGAUGCCUGUUCUUAAUCACAGUUAGAUGGAUUAGACCGUUCACAAUAAUGGAUCAAGUUUCACGUUGAUGGUAAUGCCGUAAACAAGGAAUUGCAUUCGUCAUCAUGCUUCUAGUACAUAAGAUAAGCAAGUCACCUUUGACAAAUAAAUUAUUUCUAUUAACCUCCUUCAUGCGCAAACUGUACCAUCCCAACCUAGGUCAGGCAUGGAGUUCUUUGAUUUUUGAGGGAAAUCCUACUUCUGAGAGCUUUGUAAAGGCUUUAUUGAGAAAGAAAAUGUACAUCCCUUAUUUCCUUCAUGCGUUACUGACUAUAUGCCCAAGGUAUGCAUUUGGUCGAUAUGAUUUAUACAAGUUCAUCAUGUUAAGAGUGAUUACUAUAUGUCCAAGGUAUGCAUUUGGUCGAUAUGAUUGAUACAAGUUCAUCAUGUUAAGUGUGAUUGUUUUGUUUUUCUUUGUUUUGUUUUGUUUUU